AUGUACGAGUAUGUACAUGUUAACGAAAAAUGGUUCUAUCUGACGAAGGUCAAACAUAAGCUCUACGUGUACGAAGACGAAGAAGUCGCCAAACGCGAAGUCAAGUCGAAUAGCCCUAUUACGAAAGUCAUGUUCCUCGCGGCGAUUGCAAGGCCAAGCUUCGACCACCACGCGAAGAAGACCUUUGACGGCAAGAGGAAUAUUCCAACGCCAUCGUAG